CAGUCCGGGAAUCCGCCCCGCUGUCCAUCCAGUGGAGCCCUGCUGUCACCUUCGCAACACGAGUCCAGUGUUGGGUCCUUCUCUGCGCUCAAUUUCUUUUGCUAAAAUUAUUCCAACAUUUGGUCACCAGCAGAUUGUUAGAUAUAUAUACAUAUAUAUAUAUAUAUAUAUAUAUAUGUUCUAGGAGAAUUUGUGACGAUUUCGAAACCCUGCGGUCCAGUUGUCGAGGUGGGUCUUCAUGGUUGCAGAGGAAUGUGGAGAUCUAGCAGCGAUUUGAGGGCGGGAGGUUUUGCGCUUCCACGAGGUUUUGUGGGUCGUGGUGGGAGAGGUUGCAUGGCAAUAGCCGUGGGAGUUGCUCCCUUCGGAGCCCUUGCCACAGUUCCAGCUGCUGGUUCUGUUCUGGGGAGAAGCAUUAGAGCCAGGAAACCCGCCCGCGUGACGACUUCGUUGCGGCCAUCGUGUCAUGAACUAGCUUUGCCCUCAUCGAUGUCGCAUCAGCGCUCGAGAUCUGACCCAUUUAGAGUCGCGGCAGAUGGUAGCGGCCGUGGUCUUGAGGAUGGAACCACUACAUCUACCGUUGACAAAGAAGCUGAGAAGACUGAAGUGGACAGGCUUAUGGAGGGGCUCUCGUUUGGCCAGCUAUGCGACGAGUUCGAGUGCAUUAGCAGUCCUGCUGUAGAAAAAACAGCACGGCAGCUCGUUAAAGACAUUAUGGACCUUCGAGAGGGCCGGAGAUCACUGUCAAGUUUUGGAGUUAAUGUGAAAUAUAAGGACCCUCUUCGAUCAUUUAAAGGACGAGACAAAUACAGGAGUGCAAACUGGAUUAGUACUGCCUUGGAGAAACCCUCAGUGGCAGUGCGUGAGAUGAAGAUGCUGUCCACAAGCGUACUCAACAUCAAGUGGACCUUGACAGGGACACCAAAGCUUCCACCAGCGUCUGCUCUGGGUGGUAAAGUCGUGUUAGCUGUGAAUUCAACCUUCACAAUGAACCAGAUCAGUGGGCAGGUUGUCUUGCAUGAAGAUCAGUGGGACUUGUCAGCCUCGGAUCCAGCUGCACAAGCUUACUUCUGGACGACGCGACUGGCCUUCUCAGCCGUAGAGGGAGGCAAAAAUCUAGCAGAUGGUGUUCAAGGAAUGGCCAAGCAACUGGAUAAAGGCCAAGAAAACAAUUCUAUUUAUCCGGAUCCAUCGGGCGACCCAAGAAAAUUUUUUCAAAUGGAAGACAACGGAAAGGAUCUUUACCAAAUUGGCUUAGUGAUAGCACUGAUAUACUUAUUAGUGCAGUUUCUGAGAUUAACUAUCUGAACAUUCGGAUGUAUCUUCAAAAGCCUAACCAUGUAUUUUAGUGUAAUUGCAUGAUGGUCGCAGAAUGUAGAUAGGAUGUCAUCUACCGGAACCCUCCUCUUAUGGUCGAUUGUUUUGGAGAAGACCAGCUUGUACGUUGAUUGAAAUUGACUCUGACCACUGCUUCAUGAAUAGUGAUGAAGCUUGUGUUUGUUCUCGUUUCUAUUUUGAAGAAAUUAUUUUUUAUAUAAAUGCCAUUCAAAUUUUGACCGCA